AUGAGCGCGAUAUUGACAGAUCGGCAAGCGGAAGAGCUGCACAAGGCCAUAAUCGCAUAUCUGGGCGUUAUAAACGCGCCAAAGACGGCGGAAGCGUUCCGGGAAGAAGCCAACAUAGCCGAGAGUUUCGACGAUGCCACGCGGAAAAAGUACGAGGGGCUGCUGGAGAAGAAGUGGACCAGUGUAGUGCGGCUGCAGAAGAAGGUUUUGGAACUCGAGCAACGCAACCAGAGCCUCCAGAGCGAGCUCGACUCCACAACGCCAACCUCACUCAUCAGGAGAAACCAAGACCCCACCGCCUGGCUACCACGGGCUCCAGCACGACACACCCUCCAAUCACAUCGCUCGCCCAUUACCUGCGUCGCUUUCCAUCCCGUAUUCUCGUCACUCGCUUCCGGCUCUGAAGACACUACCAUCAAGAUCUGGGAUUGGGAAUUGGGUGAGCUGGAAAGGACGGUGAAGGGACACACAAAAGGAGUGCUGGAUGUCGAUUUUGGUGGUCCAAGAGGUGGCACGCUGCUGGCUUCGUGCUCGAGCGACUUGACUAUCAAGCUGUGGGAUCCUUCGGACGAAUACAAGAACAUCAGGACGCUUCCCGGGCACGACCAUUCCGUCUCUGCGAUUCGAUUCGUUCCUAGUGGGGCCGCCGGAUCUCCAUCUUCAGGGAACCUACUAGUCUCUGCGUCCCGAGACAAGACACUGCGCAUUUGGGACGUCACAACGGGAUACUGCGUCAAGACGAUACGCGGGCAUGCCGACUGGGUACGAGACGUAGCCCCGAGCUUUGACGGACGAUGGCUUUUGUCUGCAGGAAACGAUCAGACUGCUCGGCUAUGGGACGCAAGCUCAGGAGAGCCCAAAUGCACUUUCCUCGGUCAUGAGCACGUUAUCGAAUGCGUUACAAUCGCGCCUCCGGUAUCGUACGCCAACCUUGCAGCACUUGCUGGACUCAAGAAACCACCACCACUCAGUAGCUCCGCCGAGUACGUUGCGACUGGAUCAAGAGACAAGACCAUAAAGAUAUGGGACGGACGGGGAACACUGAUCAAAACACUUACUGGCCAUGACAAUUGGAUACGGUCGCUGGUCUUCCAUCCAGGCGGCAAGUACUUGCUAUCGGCUAGUGACGACAAGACAAUCCGAUGCUGGGACCUCACGCAGGAAGGCCGAUGCGUCAAGACUGUUACCGACGCCCAUGGGCACUUCGUAAGCUGUAUGCGCUGGGCCCCCAACGUCAUCAAGGACGUACCAGUUAACGGAGAUGCUACCAACGGCGCAACCAACGGUGCCAGUAAGAAGAAAGAAGAGGAAGCAGCCAAAGCAGGUAUACGUUGUGUUAUUGCGACAGGCUGCGUUGACUUGAACGUUCGCAUCUUUGCCUCAUGA